AUGGAAGCUUCGAAGAGGUCAAAGCUAACAGCAGAUGCCCUUGAGCAAUUUCAACAAGGGGUAUCACUUGUAUUCUCAGGUUGGGUUGCGCUACAAGAUGCAGUGAAUGGAGGGUGUGGAGGCCUUUAUUCGCGUGAAAAAGCAGUCUCUAUUGAGUCUUCUGUUCUCAGUUUCUUCUGCCAACCUAAGAACAAGGAACCUCAAUGCGUUUUCAAUUUAGAAGAUUUGCUUUGUGACGGCAUGGAUUCCAUGAGUUUGAUGGACUACGAAGUGGAAUGUAAGGAGCUGAUGAUUAUGUAUGAAGAAUGCUUAGAGGGUGACUAUCAAUCAAUUCAAAAGCUUAGGGAAGUGAGGCCAAUUCGCCAUGUGGUACCAGUUAUCAGUAAUGAUGACGAUGAUGACAACAAUGAUACGAGGAAUGAUGUAGGUCCGAGUAUGAUGAUAGAUUCACUAGGCAUCUCCUCAAAAAAUGAAGUUGCUUCCCAAGAUAUGGAGGUGGAUGGGUGGAUUCCUGUUUCUCGAAAGAAGAACAAGGGUCGGAGAAAGUAGGCUGUCUCUGAUAAAAUGUUCAGUAUGUUAUGAUCAAGCAUUUUCAGUAUGUUAAACAGUACUUGGUAUCUUUUAGUCGAUUAGCAACUUGUUUGGAAUAGGUGAUCUAAAGAAGAUGAGAGAGGAGGUGAU